GUGGCUGUCAGUAUCUCGAGCAUGAUGGAGAGGAUGUUCAAGCGAGUGGGAUUGCAUAGCGGCAAAAAAGUGGUUGACACGGAAAACGAAGGUAACGUUGAGUGCGAAUCAGUAGAAUGCAGUAAUGUGAUGAGUUCUGCGCCCGGUGACAGGAGCCCGGGAAGCGGUGAUCUGCAGUGGUGCGAUUUAUUGAGCUUCAAGAACGUGUGUGCCGAAGCAGCUGACCGGGAGAGUGCCGGGGGUAGUGAGAAUCAGCUGGGGGGCAGCGAUGAAGCCUCGCGGAGGCCUCGGCGUUUGCGUGUGUUUAAUUUCCCUCACUUAGACACUCAUAUUAUGGAAUUUAAACCACGAGCUAUUACUAGGCGUUUGUGUGGUGGCAGAAAACACGACAAUGAAUUAUACAGGAGCAAUAGCUUUAAGUUCGAGAGAUUCGAGCGCGUCGAUGAAGGAGCAUCUCUUCAGAAACAGAUAUCUGCUACACUACGGAAUUUAUAA